UUGUCCUGAUUUCUUCACUUUUAUUUGUGACUCCCACUCCGCUUCUCAGUACAGGUCUGGCAGGGAUCAUGAAUUAGUUUGUCUAAAGAACCGUCAUCAUUGCAGUCCCAGAGCAGAGAAGCCUGCAAAACCCUAUUCUUGGGUAGCUGAAGUCCUCUGGGAGAUGAAAAAAGUAAACAUGCGGGUGAGAAGCAUGAGAAUGAAAUCCUCGAGGUUUUGCCACGUGCCUACAAUGAAAUCAAAGGCAGCUGCAGUGAUGGAAAUGUCUGAUGACAGAAGAAACCAGCGCUUGAUGCACUUGAGAAAAUCUGUGAUUGCGGUGAGCUUCAUAGCAGCACUCCUCUUCCUGCUGGUUGUGCGCCUUGUAAAUGAAGUGAAUUUCCCAUUGCUACUAAACUGCUUUGGACAACCCGGAACCAAGUGGAUACCAUUCUCCUAUACAUACAGGCGGCCCCUUCGAACUCACUAUGGAUACAUCAAUGUGAGGACACAAGAGCCAUUACAGCUGGACUGUGAACUGUGUGCCAUAGUGUCAAACUCAGGCCAGAUGGUUGGACAGAAGGUGGGGAAUGAGAUAGACAGGUCUUCCUGUAUCUGGAGAAUGAACAACGCCCCCACCAAGGGGUAUGAAGAAGACGUUGGCCGCAUGACGAUGAUUCGCAUGGUAUCCCAUACCAGCGUUCCUCUUUUGCUAAAAAAUCCUGAUUAUUUUUUCAAGGAAGCAAACACGACUAUUUACGUUAUUUGGGGUCCUUUCCGCAAUAUGCGGAAGGAUGGCAACGGAAUCGUUUACAACAUGUUGAAAAAGACAGUUGACGUCUAUCCAAAUGCCCAAAUUUAUGUGACCACAGAAAAGCGCAUGAGUUACUGUGAUGGCAUUUUUAAGAAGGAAACUGGGAAAGAUAGAGUCCAGUCUGGCUCUUACCUCAGCACGGGGUGGUUUACCUUCAUUCUGGCCAUGGACGCCUGUUAUGGUAUCCGCGUCUACGGGAUGAUAAAUGACACCUACUGCAAGACAGAAGGGUAUAGAAAAGUCCCUUAUCAUUACUACGAACAAGGAAGAGAUGAGUGUGAUGAAUAUUUUCUUCAUGAACACGCCCCAUACGGGGGACACAGAUUUAUCACUGAAAAGAAAGUGUUUGCCAAAUGGGCCAAGAAACACAGAAUAAUAUUUACACACCCAAACUGGACAGUGUCUUGAUGCUGGUUUUCCAACUUUGCCACACCCGAUCAGGGUACUGAGAAUGUGAUGCUGUUGACGUCAGUGAUGGUGAUGGUGAUGGUGAUGGUGUUGAUGAAGACAACAACGAUGACAAUUCAGUUGCUCCACAUCCUCCGAUAUGGGUGGUGACUCUGGCAGUAAUUUGAACUUGGGAUUCCAUGAGGGUGGUUGUAUACAUUACGUUCUUUCUGAAGGUUCAAUACUACAUAGCGCACUUUAUAAUGUAACUGGAAUUGAAACAAAGGCCAGUGACAUAGCAACUGUGACUUAAGAAAGGAGAAGACUAUCCUUCGAGAUAGCUGCCUAGAACUUCCGGAAGCUAUGGAAUUCGGCCUCAUGACAUACGGUUAUUAAGUCCAUGGCUUCUUGAGCCUGGGCAGCAGCGUCAUCUUGAAAAAUGAGUGACUGUCAAACACUGUCCCAAGAAAUGCUAUCAGGGUACAAGUAUCUUACCACAGUUACCAGUGAGCCUGAGGUAGGGGAAGGUAUCUCUUUCUGAUGCACCAUCUUCCAAUGGUAUUUCCUACAGUGAAACCCUCAGGCCAUUACCCAAUUAUCAAUGGAGGCAUAGAUGUGGAGGUCCUUCACAUCAGGAUUUCUUGACUAUCACAAAUAUUUCAUUCAAGCUGUACUAAGUAGCAAAUCUUGACGAAUUUCUACUCUGAUCAUUUCAUUCUUACUACUCAAAACAAUAUAACCAAACAUGUUAUUAGAAGGAUCUAUAUUAAAGUUGUUAAUUUUGGUUGAAUCCUAAAUAUUUCUGAAGGCUGUUUAACAUGUAAGAUACCAACUCCAAUACUGUAAUAACAUGUACUGUGAAAACCUUCCUGAAACAUAACCAAAGGGUUUCCUAACUCUGCUCUAUCUAACAACACAAAAUUAUAUGCAUUUUAAAAUCCUGAAACAGGGAAAGUAAAGCAUAUUUUUUACAUCAAUUUAUAUCCUACCAUAAGUCAUCAUAUAUAUUUGUAUAUUCAAAUUUCUAUUGUAUAGGCCCAAGAUGUGUCUCUCUAUACAUUACAUGAUCUAUGCCAAAUGCCAACUGUUUGACAUGGAUGAUUCCCUUCGGUUAAACCUCACCAGAGCUUUUGCCUCUGUGGGGUUAACGUUCCCUAUAGUGUAUCAGUUCUUGUAGCAUUACGACAACAGUACUAAUGACCUUAAUGUCCAAAGUGCUUUGCCACUUAGAGUCUUUUCAUAUAUGCUACACCAUGUGAUGCCCUUGGCCACCUUGUGGACUGUUGCCUAUACAUUUCCUCAUCUCUUCUGCAGAUGAUCUAUCAUUUGCUGAUUGUUCCAGUAUGUUUCAGAUUGCUCUAUUUGGUAAUAUGUGUACAGAAUAGCAUUUAUGUAAACUAGUAACCAAUUGAUCCGAGUGCCAGAUACACCUAUUAUAUUCAGAUUAUGCAAAAAGUUUCACAAGGACAGUGUUGGCCAUAGCCAAGGAUGU